AUGGAAAACGUGAAGAAGGCUGGUGUCCAAAAGAUCAAAUGGCGGCAAAAACCAAAGAAGACUGUAUGGAGUUCCCGGUGUGUCAUUUUCACUUACUUCCAAGGAGACGUUGACACCAUGGUGGAUGAGCACUUCUCCAAAUCUCUGAGAAACCUCAAGAAGCUGCAGGGAUCAAGUUCCUCGAGCCACAGUGAAAAUGUGGUCCCCAGCAAUGAUAGCAGCAUGGCCUCUAAUCAGCGGCAUCUCUCUCCUGGGACAAAGCCACAACCAGAAGCAUCUCUUGCAAGAGAUGCCAACAGCAGCGGCAGCUCAGAUAAAUGUGGUCCUAAGGCUAUGGUUCAGUACCCACGGUCCACGCCCAUGGUCCACUCCGCAUAUCCUCAGGAGCUGUGGCAAGUCUCCUCUCUAGUGAGGCAGGACUGCUUUGGGCCUGUCUACUCUCAUGUCUCUCCUGGCAGGCUUGUGGCUCCAGAUGUCUACUCUGAUUGGAUAAAUGAGUCUCGUCUACAUUUACUGCACCAGGAUAGAUACGUAAACCGUCCUCUGGAACCUCCCGCCAGGGAGAACUACCACCUCUCAAUGAUGGCCGCAAACACAGGAUUGCUCCUGAACAUGCCUCCUGGCUCACACUACUGUAAGGAAAUGUUUACAGAUACUUGCAAGGUUCCUGUGGUUGACAGUCAGUUGGCAUGA